AUGGAGAUUGAUCUAUCACAGACUAAGGUAACAGUUUCUCCUAAGGAGAAAGAUCUUAAUGAUUGGCUCCCCGUAACAUCGUCGAGGAAUGGAAAAUGGUGGUAUUCGGCUUUCCACAAUGUCACGGCUAUGGUCGGCGCUGGCGUCCUUGGCCUCCCCUAUGCCAUGUCCGAACUUGGCUGGGGCGCUGGAGCUGCCAUAAUGAUCCUAUCAUGGGUCAUUACUCUCUACACCCUAUGGCAAAUGAUCGAAAUGCACGAAAUGGUGCCCAGUAAAGGAAUCUCUCUCGCUGCAGCAAUCAUGUCAUUCAGUUAUUCGACUAUAGCAUGGGUGGCCUCGGCCCGUCGAGGGUUUCAACCGGAGGUAUCAUAUGCCCCGAGUGCAUCCACCAGUACCGGAAGAGUGUUUCAAUUCUUUAGUGCAUUAGGAGAUGUGGCUUUCGCCUUUGCCGGUCACAAUGUAGUCCUUGAAAUUCAGGCAACGAUCCCUUCAACUCCCGAGAAACCAUCGAAGAAACCCAUGUGGAAAGGAGUGUUAAUAGCUUAUAUCGUUGUUGCUAUGUGUUACAUUCCGGUCGCCUUUGUCGGUUAUGCCACCUUCGGGAGGAAUGUAGAGGAUAAUAUCCUUAUAUCACUAGAGAAACCAGCAUGGCUUAUUGCUGCAGCUAACUUGUUCGUUGUAAUCCAUGUUAUCGGAAGUUAUCAGGUUUUUGCUAUGCCUGUCUUCGACAUGGUGGAAUCGUGCUUGGUGAGGAAGAUGAAUUUCAAGCCAACUCGACGACUAUCCCUCACAAUGUUCCUCGGAAUGACACUCCCUUUCUUUGGUGGGCUUCUCGGCUUCUUGGGAGGGUUUGCUUUUGCUCCAACUACGUAUUACAUAUGCAUUAUUCUUGGAUUUUUACUGAUGAUUUUAGCCCCUAUUGGUGCAUUGAGGCAGCUAGUAUUGGAUGCCUUGGACUUCGAUUUCUAUUCUUGA